GCCAAAAACAAUGCCCUGCAAUAAUGCUUGCUGCAAGGCCUCUUUAAAGGAAAAGGAAAGGGAGUUAGAGAGAGUAAAGAAGCAGCUUUCGAAAGCUCAGGAGGAACUUGAGCUUCAUAAAUCAUCACAGUUAGUGACUGGUGAUUGGAUUACCCAGAGAGAUGGGCAUCCCAGAGCAGGACAUGUUCCUAAAGAGAUAGCCGAGAACCACAAUAUGAUGGAGCUGAUGCCAGGUAGUGGCAUCUAUGUAUACCCAAAGGAUAUUAGAGUCCUUAGUAAAAAAAAAGUGGAACGGGUAUGGCUCGUUAUCUGAUGUCCAUCUUCUACACAAAUGAGGAACUGGUUAGGAGAGGGAAUUUGACUGGUUCCAAUGGCAAGGAAGGAAUCGACAAGACAAUUUUAAAGACUAUUCUUGGUAAGAGAUUCAAAUUCAAUGAAUAAAUUGUUUAUAUGACACUAAUGACAAAUUGUUUUAACUUUGAAUAUUCUAAGAAUAAUCAGUCACCUACAUUUCUUUCAAUUUGUGAAGACGUAUAAGGUGAAAAUAAAAAACUUGUAAUUUUCAAACAUAUACAAUAUAUCUCCUCAAAAUGUAAAAUAUCCAUCUUUUAAAUUGGAAAAUCAAUCACAGAUGAUUACUAGAGGGUUUUUUUGUUGUU